AUGGUGAGUGGCUCUGACGGAGAGGACUGCGGCGGCUCUCUGCUGCAGCAGCGGCCGGGAGGUGUCGUCUCCCUGCCGGGUCACAACAGAGCGGUGUCCCGGUCCUCUCUGUCCGGUGGAGACAACAUGUCUCAGUCGAAGCCACCCUGGACCUCGGCCUCCCAGCCCAAAUACUCCGAGAAGGGAGAGAUUUUCUGGGAGUCUGUUCCAGAUGUGUGGAGCAGAGAAACUGUCGUUAUGAGGGCAGAGGGGCGGGCCCUCGGCGGUGAAGAGGACAGCGACCGUUAUCCUGAUGAUCAGAAGAGAAUCUGUUCUUUUUCUCCGAGAGGACCGGGACACCGCUCUGUUGUGAUCCGGCAGGGAGACGACACCUCCCGGCCGCUGCUGCAGCAGAGAGCCGCCGCAGUCAUCUCCGAGCCCUCAGCAGACGUCAAGCUGGCAACUGUAGCAGGAAAGAAGGCAGAGGAAGAGGAGGAGGAAGAGGAGUAUGAGGUGGAGAAGAUUUUGGACCACAGAGUGGUGAAGGGAAGACUAGAGUUUCUGCUGAAAUGGAAGGGGUUCUCACAUGAGGAUAACACAUGGGAGCCGCAAGACAACCUGGACUGCCCCGACCUUAUCGCCGAGUACAUGCGGAAACACAAGGAGAAGGAGGAGAAGAAGAAGGAGGGCAAGAGGAAAGUUGUCAGGAGCGAGGGAGACUCAGAGGAGCGAGGGAGCAAGAGGAAGGAGGAGAAAUCCUUCACAACAUCUGGAUAUUUAAAGGUUCAUCAGAGAGUUCACACUGGAGAGAAGCCGUACAGCUGUGAUCAAUGUGGGGCAGCUUUCACACUACAGUGUAACCUAAAAAACCAUCAACGGAUUCACACUGGAGAGAAGCCAUACAGCUGUGAUCAAUGUGGGGCAGCUUUUACACAACAGAGUGACCUAAAAACACAUCAACGCAUUCACACUGGAGAGAAGCCGUACAGUUGUGAUCAAUGUGGGGCAGCUUUCACACAACAGAGUGACCUAAAAAGACAUCAACGCAUUCACACUGGAGAGAAGCCGUACAGCUGUGAUCAAUGUGGGGCAGCUUUCACACAACAGGGACACUUAAAAUUACAUCAACGCAGCCACACUGGAGAGAAGCCGUACAGCUGUGAUCAAUGUGGGAAAACGUUUUCUGUGAGUAGUAACCUUAAAGUCCACCAACGUGUUCACACUGGAGAGAAGCCGUACUGGUGUGAACAAUGUGGGAAAACCUUUUCUCACAGUAGUCACCUUAAAAGACACCAGCUCAUUCACACUGCCUCGUAGUGAACAUGUUUCAGAGCCAAGCUGUUUCCUCCUGCCUCCUCCUCAUGUCCUGAUAGCUGUGUUGUUAUAUUCUGAUCUUCUCUCCACAUUGAAUGCUGACCAGCAGGAACGACUAUUUAAGUUUAGGAAAAAGAUCGUGUUUGGAUUAAAACACUACUAAAGAACACAACUGCCUAUAAUAUAACACUAUAAUAUCUUUUCAACUUGGAUCCAAAAAUGUAUCUGAUCCAUGACUCCAAACCGUGAUCCUGACCUUGAGUUUUGUGAUCCCUUGCACCCCUAGCUGUUACCAUCUUAUCUUAUUUGUGUAAGAUUAACAAGUAAAGGAACAAAUGGAGACUAGAAAACACAAUUUCUUACAAAGUUGCGUUGGUGAAUGCCAGAAUGUUUGUGAAAACUGCAUAAGUGGGUGUUAAACAACACAUUAGUUCUUAAGAACGUUUGGUGAAUGAGGCCCAUUGUUCUCAUCUUUAGAAACAUAUUACAUAUGUUUUAUGUUUACUUUUUUAUUCCCUGACAGGAAGUUAGUAUAAUUUUCAUUUUAUGAAUACAUGUUUAAGGACUUUAGGAUGAACAGACCUAGACUAGUGCUUCACAAUAAACCUUUUUUUGUAUUGUCAUCGCAAUAUCAACUGGCGCAAUUUACAAAUGGCGAAAGGCUGAUUUUGUGACGUAUCGCGAUGUGUAAAGUACACUCAGAGGUCUUUUGUGUUAGUUGAAAGAUAAUAUCAGAAGGACAUAACACUUUAAAAAGAAACUGACAUUUUUUUGUGUUGACUUUUAUAUUUAAUUCAAUGUUCAAAUUGUUCAAUAAAAAACUGUUGUAAAUGA